AUGGACAGCGAGGGGAAGGCGAAAUAUGCGCACUCAGAAGCUGCAGGUCAAAAGCACAGAGGAGCACCGCAGUCAGCGGAAAUGCACAAACGCGAUUUGGCUGGAAGCCUAAUCUCACUAGAGGGACAAAGCUACGGCGCUUACAAGUCUCUCAUCGGAUGCUGGGCAGUUGGCGAAUUCUCUCUGUUCCUUGAUAAAGUCCAGUCAGAUCCGUUCGCGCCUCCAAGUUGCUUUCGCCUGCGCCUGCCACAGGCCUACGCACAGUUUCCACCACAUCUUUUUGCAUCAUUCAUCCGCAACGUGGCGCUCUGCGAUUUCCUCACGCGAAAGUUCUUUGAGGCUAUCGCCAGGGGAGGCGUUCUUGGAGUGGACGAUGCGGGGGUCCAGGGAGGAUGGCAUGACAGCAAGCCGGACAACAUUCGGAUAGACAAGCCGGGACAGUACGUCUUGCCGAGGAGUUCAAUGGUUGUCACCCCAGAAUACGUAGAGGCGAGGUGUACCAUAGGGCUCCCUGCUCGCGGUCGAAGAAUUGAGGGGCGCAGAGCGGCGCAGCUGCUCUGCCACAGGCUACCCGAGCUGGUUCGGCGCGUCAUGAAGUACAGUAGCCUGGAUCCCGUAGCACUUCAGCGUCAUGUUGAAUGCGUAGAAGACCAGGAAUUUUUACGGUCCAAAUUGAAAGAAAAGGGACUAACUUCCUUCGUGGCGAACGGCGCCUGUCUGCCUCGGAGAUCGGGGGUUGACGAUGCACCAAUGACCAGAGAACAGGACCCCAAUUUGGUGCUUUUCCAGUCACCUCCGAACUUGGAGUGCGAGUUCACCCUUCCAAACACCGGCAAGGUCCGUGGGAUGGGCAUCCCUAGAGGAAUAACUCUCAUCGUUGGCGGGGGUUUCCACGGGAAAUCGACAAUGCUGGAGGCGCUUCAGGUUGGAGUGUACAACAAGGUCCCAGGAGAUGGACGAGAGUUUGUUGUUACGGAACCCCAGGCAGUGAAAAUUCGGGCGGAAGACGGCAGAAUGGUGACUUCUGUAGACAUCUCCCCCUUUAUAAGCAACUUGCCGUUCGGGAAGAGCACCUCCUAUUUUUCAUCAGCGGACGCCUCGGGCAGCACCUCCCAGGCCGCCAAUAUAAUGGAGGCGCUCGAGUUCGGGGCAUCUGCACUUCUGAUUGAUGAAGACACAUGCGCCACUAACUUCAUGAUUCGAGACGCACGAAUGCAAGCCCUUGUUGCAAAAGAAAAGGAACCCAUAACUCCAUUUCUUUUUCGGGUGAAACGUCUCUUCACGGAAUUGAAUGUGUCGACGGUCAUGGUCAUUGGAGGCAGUGGCGACUUCUUUGAGGUGGCGGACGUUGUGCUGCAAUUUGAUAAAUACCAGGCGUACAACGUCACACAAAAAGCUAAGGAAAUCGUCAAGCAAUUCGCAUCUAAAGAAGCGGGGCAGCUUGCUCUGCAAACGCCUCUGAGCCAUGCGAACGUUCCCUUUGGGCCAAUUAGGCAGCGAGUGGCAGUGGAAGAGAGUUUGCAUCCAAAGGGGAAAGUGAAAGUUGGGGGCACACGCGCGAUUGCCUAUGGCGGUACUUCCAUCGACGUGACUGGCGUGGAGCAACUGGUAGACAACUCGCAAACAAGAGGGAUUGCCUGUUUUAUCCAGAAGAUCGCAGAGAACUACGAACAAAUGAAAAGAGGCGGGAAGCGAAGCCUUAGAAGCAUGAUUGAGGCUCAGUAUGAGAAAGUUGUACAUGGGUCACCUGCCGGCUGCACGCAUCCGCUCUUGGAUUGCCUAAGCACGUGGCACUACCCAGUCGGCGAUCUUGCUUUACCACGCGCACUUGAGAUUGGAUGUGCAAUAAGUCGGCUUCGCGGUUUGAAGAUCUCUGAGGUGAUUUAA